GAGUGAGUUUUUGCUUAGUACACAACUUAAUCCCCCUAGAGAGAAAACGACACAUGGCCAAUUAGAGUUUGGGCUGCUGCUUUAUCGUACGUACUUCCUUUGCUUAACGUAACGUAAGCGCAAAACGUAAUAAAUCAAGUGCCCGAGCACAAUGGGCAUGUGUAGAAAGGACUUUGCUGUCAUUGUCCUUGUUUGUCGCUGAGAUUAAGGCGAAGGCUGCUUAACCUGGCAGACGCAGAGCAUUAAACUAAUUUGUCUGCCGAAAUUCAAUUUCAGUCCUUUGCACUUCCUGUCGUCGUCGUCGUCGUCGUCGUCGCACUUUGUAGGCAUCAUAAUAAUUAGUUAAUGAAUUUAUGUGUAUAACAUUACACUUUGUGCUGCGUAAAUUGCCAACAACAACAACAACAAGCAACCAACAAAAUGUUCCAAAAUUUACAGAGUUACAAAAACAUGAAGCAGAAGCCAAAACAAAACAAAGUGUAAGCCAAAGUGUAAACGAAAAAGUGUGAAACGAACUUCAAACUCAAGCGGAAGUCAACAAUUGACUGCCAGACAUGACAACAACAACAACAACAACAGCAGUGGGACUGCAGCAGAAGCGUCCCAGCAUAAGCAACUGGUUCAGCUCGCUGCGCAGACAGCCCAAGAGCAAGAAGAGCGCUGGGGUCACGUUGGGCGCCGCACGCAGCGGCGGCUUUGGCGGCAGCUUUGGCAGCAAGCAGCAGUUGCAGCGCAGCUGCUUUGAUCUCAGCAAUGCGCCAGCAACUGAAUCCGAGAGCAGCUGCAUCUUUGGCAGCGGCGUUGGCAGCAUGCCCGACAAUCGCAGCAGCAGCACCUUCUACAUAGCCUCACCCACGGCGGAUGAGGAUCGUCGCCGGCUGCUGAGCAAACUGCAGAGCGAAAGCAGCAGCAGCAGCAGAAGCAGCAACAGCACGCUGAGCAGCAGCGUCUGCUCGCGCUGCUUUUGCAGCCUGGCCAGCGCCUUGAGCAGCAGCAAGAAGCAGCCAGCGCCACGCUCGCCACGCUCGCCCUCACUCUCGCCCUUUAGCAGCGUGGCCAGCUAUAAGAUCACAGCGCUGCGUGCGGAUUCGCCGCCGCCUGCCAGUCCCACGCUCAGCUCGGAGACUGUUGCCUGCUCCGACGUCGUGCGCAAGUCGCAGCUGCUGCGCCUGCCCAGCAGCGAGCCGCAUACGCAAGUCUAUAGCAAACGCUUGGAGAGCACACACAUCAGCAGCAACACCAUAACACACACUCUGAUUAGCUCCAGACCCAUCGAGCUGCUGCUCAAUGAGCGUGGUGAGAUUAUCUCGCGCCGUUUGCCGCAAGCGCCGCGCAAGUCGCGCUCCAACUCGCUUGGCUGCAUGCUGGAUAUGCCGCCGGAUGAGGAGGAGCAGCAGCAGCAGGAUGCAAGCUCAGCGCUCAGCUCACCAUUAACACCUGACACCAGCGAGUUGGACACUUUGACAGCCGCUGGAGAUUUGCGCUUCAUUGACGACAGCUCCAACUCGCAAAGCGAAUCCGAGCGCAAUUCCCAAACCCACAACAGCAGCAACGAAGACAACAACAACAGCAGCAAGCAGCUGAACAACAAUCACAACAACAACAAUCAACAACAACAGCAACAGCAACAACAACAACAACUUUGUGAUAGUUGCCGCACGCUCAUCGAACGAAAUCGCAACAAUGCGGAGCUGAGCAAUGUUGUCAUACUAAGGCGACCGCAGCAAAUCAAAGAUGAAUUGUGCGAGGUGGUCUCGGAAAUGGAGGCACUCGAUGUGCCGGAGGAUAAGCAUUCCAACAAGGACAAGCAAAUGUCGAUUGGACGCAAAAAGUUCAACAUGGAUCCCAAGAAAGGUAUUGAGUAUCUUGUAGAGAAUCGACUGCUGCGGCAUGAUCCACAGGAUGUGGCGCAUUUUCUUUACAAGGGCGAGGGACUGAACAAAACGGCCAUAGGCGAUUACCUUGGCGAGAAGAACGACUUCAACGAGGAUGUGCUGAAGGCUUUUGUGGCGCUGCAUGAUUUUACAAACUUAAUACUGGUGCAGGCUUUAAGACAAUUUCUUUGGUCGUUUCGUUUGCCGGGCGAGGCGCAGAAAAUCGAUCGCAUGAUGGAAUGCUUUGCCCAGCGCUACUGUCAAUUGAAUCCGGAUAUUUUCACCAACACGGAUACGUGCUAUGUGCUCAGCUUUGCCAUCAUUAUGCUGAAUACAUCGCUGCACAAUCCAUCGGUCAAAGACAAACCCACCGUUGAGCAAUUCAUAUCGAUGAAUCGUGGCAUUAAUAACGGCGGAGAUUUGCCGCGUGGUCUGCUCGAAUCUUUAUACGAGUCCAUACGCACCGAGCCCUUUAAGAUACCCCAGGACGAUGGCAACGAUCUAAUGCACACCUUCUUCAAUCCCGACAAGGAGGGCUGGCUCUGGAAACAGGGCGGCAGAUACAAAUCGUGGAAGCGACGCUGGUUCAUUCUGAACGACAAUUGUCUGUAUUACUUUGAGUAUACAACGGAUAAGGAGCCGCGUGGCAUUAUACCGCUGGAGAAUAUAUCAGUGCGUGAGAUACAGGAUCGCAGCAAGCCGCACUGCUUUGAGCUAUUCGCCAUUGGCGGCGCCGAUAUAAUCAAGGCAUGCAAGACUGAUUCCGAGGGCAAGGUGGUGGAGGGCAAGCAUACGGUUUAUCGCAUGUCUGCGGCAACGGAGGAGGAUCAACAGGAGUGGAUCAAGCGGCUGACGCAGUCCAUUAGCCACAAUCCCUUCUACGAUAUUCUGGUACAAAGAAAGAAGAAAGCGCUGAGCAAGAGUUAAUAUUAAAUGGAAUGCUCUGGCGCCCAAGCAUUGUUCUUGUAUUGGAUCUCUCAGUGGAACUCAGUGGCUGCUGCUGCCUCCGCAUGUGCGUGUGUGUCUGUGUGUGUGUGCAUCUGUGUCUGUAUGUGUGUUUUGUAAUUUUGUAUGCAUAAGUGUGUCUAUAGCUAUAUUGAAUUAUUAUUUGUAGUCUGCAAGCAGCUCUCGUUCCAAUUUGUCUUUAGUUUGUUAACACACACACACACACGCACACACACACAAAUUUUGUCUCUAUUGUUGUGAUAUAAUUUAUUUAUACUAAGCGUACAAACCCACUAAGAAAUUAAGUUGCAAAUACAAGAAAGAAAUACAAUUUUCGUUUAGUGCAAAUUAUUAUGUUAACGUUAAGUCGAAUAUACAACAAAAACAAAAAAAAAAAACAUAUCCCAGCUGCCUGCUCAAUAAUUUUGCUUGGCAAUUAUUAAAAAAAACAUAUAAAUUACUUCCAAUGCCUUUUUUGUAUAACUUUACUGCAGAACAACGAAUCAAAAUCUAUAAACAACGUGCUGUAAAAAGACUUGAGAAUUAACACGGACAAUACAAAGAUGCAAAGGAAUGCAGCUCAAUGCAAUUAGUUAAUGCUAAACUCUUAGUAUAAGUCAAAAUUAAAUAAAAAGUGAACAAUUUAAAACGCAGCUGAUGACUGAGUAGACUUUGUUAUGUGCAUUUUGUAUUGUGAUUUGUUAAUUUCUGUACAGUACGCAACCGAACCAAGCCACAAAGUGUUCAAGCAGCUGAAACUAAUCAAUUAAUUAAUCCAUUAGGCAUAGCAGGCUAUGAACAACAAGCGCUGGCUUCAUUUGUUUAUAAUUUCAAUGCAAUUAAGGCAACAAUCCUCAAUGUUAAUGUAGCUCAAAGAAACUUAGCGCUUAGUAACUUGUGUAUGAAAAGUCCCAAUACUUUAUGCAAUAUUAAUGCUAACUAUAAUAUCUAUUUGUACUAUAUACACAUAUAUCAGCUGUAAUCCCCUACAUAUAAACACUCUGCAUAUGUAAAUAGAGUUAAAAUACUAUUGUCAAUAUAAAUGUGCGUUUUAGCAUUAUAACAAAA